CGUCACAAAUCCUGAGCUUAACAAAUUUGAGUCACAGAGUUAAAUAUGGAGACAAGAUGGCGACGAAGAAAGGGUAUUGUCAGAGAGUUUAAAGUCGAUAUUGCAAAAUGGCAUCAAUGCUGGUGUUCCAGGUGUCUCCGCUGCGAUAGCUACGUCUAAAGGCAUUAUUAUAUGGCGGGAUUCUGCUGGUUUUGCGGCCCUAGAAAAGACCACCCUGAUCAAUGACUCGACUAUAUUUGGAAUCGGGAGUAUCACCAAAGUAUUCGUGGCGGUUAUCAUCCUCCAACUCAUCGACGAAAGUCAACUCAAUGUGUCAGACAAAAUCAGUGAACAUUUGGACCAGAAUGAUUUAGAUGGCAUUGGUAAUGCGAACGAUGCAACAAUUGGCCGCGGGUGUCGAAAGUUGGGGAGAGGAUCCAAACUGGAUCAUGGAAGCAAGGGGUAAAAAACUGGAUCCCAAAACAAUCUGGGGCAAGAAAGAUGCAUUGAAGUAUGUUAGAAGACCAUCUAAGCUUGAAACUGGUCGUUUCUCUUAUUCCAACACAAAUCACACUCUUUUGGGGUUGAUAAUUGAAAAAAAUUACCAGUCACUCAGCAGAGAGCGAGAUCCGUCGAAGAAUACUCGAUCCUUUGAAUUUAAUGGAUACAUUUCUGGAAGGGUUCGAAGAGGUGGGACUACGAAAGAAGAAUAUACCACAUAGAUAUCAUUAUUCUACAGACACAUUUCGCAACACAGCAGGAGUCUGCCCAGCGUUUUCCGAGUAUAUAUGAAUGAGACAAGAUCUCAUCAACGCAACUGAGUCAAACCUAUCAGUAGAAUGGGCAGCCGGUGGAAUGAUCUCCUCAACUUGUGCCCUUCUCAAGUUUGCAAUUUCUCUUCGGGAUGGAAAGUUGCUUAGUCCCUCAUCAUUGCAUCUUCUCACAAUGUGGCAGCCGGCUAGAAAAUCAACAGAAAUUGGCCAUGGAAUCUUCAGAUUUGAACAUCCCACUACACACAAAAAUUGGCUUGGACAUAAUGGAAGCGUACUCGGAUUCACCGGAUCUCUUUGGUGGAAUGAGGAACUCGAUUGCGCUGUAGGUGUUCUUGCGAAUGUGGGAACGAUGCAUGCUGGAAAAGUUUCAUCGAGUGCGCCUCAAAUAGUCUUCGAAUCCGAGUUUCUAGAGAUAGCCAUGAAGUUGACUAAUAUUGCUGUGAAAGAUGAAUAACUAUCAAUUUAGAGGAUAGUGCUAUCUUUACAAAUGUUGUAAUAGUCUCGAAGUUUUCGGUCAGUUCCUAGAAUUUUAAGUCGCUCAAAAAUAUUGACUCCGACGCCCCUUCAUGCAUCACCCUAGGAGAGAAGCAGAUUGAGGCCAGAUUUUCUUUUGAGCCGCGUAUUGGUAAAGGUAGGGGUCAGAAUGUUGAGUUCACUAGUUUUGAGAACGGCUCACGUCUCUUCAUAGUGAUGUUUAAUCUUAAUAAUCGACCAGAUUGAUCCA